AUGCACCUCGGCAAAGGUUGCGGCUCGGCGACGGCAGAAACAGCAGAAGCGAUUGACCCGACACUGCAGCUGGAAUCAAGGUCCGUUCUUGAUCUCCCAUGCGUCGUGUCAUGUCUAUCACCACUUACAGCUUCUAUCGAUAGCGUGAUCAUGAUUUUCUUGCGUUUCAUGGAAGCGUCGAACCUCGAUAUUUACAACAACAGGACAUUGCGCGUCGGUGACAGCAUGAUGGACGCCUCCGCGGAGGACACACGCCUACACUUAGCACCUGCUUCAAAGCGCGAAAAAAUCCGGGUAAAGCACCUGCGCAGGAGACAACAGCGCAAGGGUAACCACCUGAAGACCAUUAAAACCGCAUGCGCGUUUCCCGUCAUCCUCCGCAACGGCGUGCAGGUCGUAGGCGACGAAGGAAUCCAGGAGCUGGUAUUACAGCAGGACGGGGCGUUCCUUACGGACGAUCGAGAGGGGGAGGAGCAGUUCUAUUCUGCGUAAAACUGUCCCCAUCCCAGGUUUGUCAUGAUGCAGAUUCGGAACUACUGAAACACUUGUAAUGCGCAUUUCACCCCACUUCGAGUCGUGUUUUGGCAUUUGUAAUGCUGUAAACAGGAAACGGUUGUGUCUUUGUGAUGCGGCUGCCCUUGCUAGCCAGCACUACACUGCAUCGGAAAUCUGUCAUGCGCGACUCCCAAGACUUGUACAUUUGUGCUGCAGAUUUCGUAUCAUCUUGACUCUGGGGUGGGGACGUUUUUACACAGGAUAAGCUGCAGUUGCAAACUAACCAGGAUAUCACCAAGCCGAAAAAUUUAUUCCGGGGCACAAUCCUCCCACCCCACACUCACAGCCACAUGAGAUUUGUCGUGCAUGAUUUGUGUACUUACUUUACGAGUCGGCUCGUAUUGCUAGAAGGCAAAGGCACACACUCGCGGUCAAUGCAGUUUCUGCCUGUCAUAAUGAAAACGCAGGGCUUUUCCCUAUCAGACAGCACUGCAGCCCGCAGCUCUUCCCUUCUGGCAUGACAACUUGAUUUGCGACCACCAGUCAUGCUACUUAUGCAAGUUUCCUUUGAGUGAGUACGUGGCAGUGGGGGCUUUUUAACUGCGAUGAAAAUUUGCAAAGAAACAAUUCCCCAGUAAAUCCAUCCAGACGGAACAAGGGACUAACGGAGAAACGCUGUCGGCCGUGGACCUUUCGUUUCUCGAGCAGUACACUGGAAACCGUCAGGCUUUAGCGACAUCGUCAGUGGACGAGAACGGAAAGAGGUUGUUAAUCGCCCAGUACAUCACGGACACCGAACUGAUAGUCCACAAUUUUCCGGCGGAGUGGAAGGAAAUUCAGGUAGAAUGAAUGUUGGUGAUUUUUAGCACAGGAUGCAAGUAAGACAGGGUUUUUUCUGCAUGCUUUGGUUUUUCUGAAUUGCACUGUAGCCCAAAGUUGUCUGUGCACCCGUGAUCUUCUGAAACAAUCGCUGUGUCUGGAAUAAAAAUCAUGAAAAAAAAAACAAAUUUAUCAGUUUCAUGUCGACAAGAUCGUGCGGAACCCGGAUUUAGCCACCAUUCCGAAGCCUGUGCUCGCCGUAUCAGAUGCAAAAUCCGGCGUACGAAACGAGGCUGCAUGAUACCAACCAUAGCGUGCUUGUCUGCUCCUGCAGUAUCAACACUGAUUGCCUGCGCAAGAUAAGUAGAAUUACCGCAUGUCAUGAAGAAAGUACUAAGAUCGUGCCUUUUUUCCAGAAGCGAACUGUCACGCUAGUUUUUCAGUUUUGAUUCUUUUCGGAGCGCUUUUGCAUCUUAUACCCACAGUUCGUGCUGAAUUUCCGGCACCUAGACACCAACGGGUCGGAUUCUUUGGAUUCCUCCGACGGUUUGGAAACUAAACAAUUUUUAGAAGACGCGCAAGAAGUCAUGCAACACCUCGACGAAAAACAAGCUUCCUCCUCUACUUCUCCUCCUGCCUCAAAUACACUGGAAAAACCGGCAUUAGGCGAAGCUACGGAUGGCGCUAAAGAAGUACACAAACAAUCGCGGCCCGGCAAAAAUGAACAAGAGAGCGCCGUGAGUCCGCCCGGCAGCAAAGAUGUUAGCGGCACCGAGGACAUCUUCACUUUGCGAAUGACAUUUGAGGACUAUUGUUCCUCCUGUUUGAAAUAUGCAGCGAAAGUAAAGUCAUCACAAUCGCAGAUAGCCCAGAACUCGUGCUAUUCUGAAGCAAUGACUGUAGUUUGGAAAAAAAUGAUUCAAAAUGUUGCAACGAGGAUCGAAAAUGUUUUUGAUUGCAGCUCAUGGAUGGUUUGCAUGAAAACAAAACGACUGUGAUGCGUUUUUUUUGUCGCAUAUCAGGUUCUUGAAGGAGGUGGCGAUACAAGAAAACCGGGAUGUGGCGAUGGAGAUUUCCAAUAGGGAUAAUGGUGAGGAACAGUCGAUCGGUAAGGGUUCUGUCGCGGAGCAGGAACAGCCGUCGGAGUUGCCGCGCAGCACGUUUUAUCCCCUGCACAUAUGUCUGGGCCUGGAAAGUUGUAAGACUAGUCUGCGAAUGAUGAGCGCACGGCAGUAUGUAGCCACGGACGACGAAUUUGUGGGCUGCUACGUUUUGCGUAUUUUGCACGAGAGACUCCGUUUUUGCAUGACAGAAAAGAUGCGCUUUUGGGGCACAUGCAUCACAGAGUUCAGAUUCAUGCGAAACAAGCAUGACAAGCCGGGAGGGCGGGACCCGCACUGGCAACAGGCGCUAUCCAACGAACCAACCAACCGACCACGUUUUGCAGUCUUGCAGACCUAGACAUAUUUGAUUUGCAUACGUUUGUGGAGCGGAAUCCUAACCAAUCGCAGCGACCGUCGGGCUGGAGGAGGUUCGGGCACUGGGUGCGAAACGUUUGCUCCCGCAGUCCGAGAGAACCAGAGGAAAAACAAGACCUUUUAGAGGCAGACGAAGCGUCGAGCAGUCACAGACGCACCGUCCAAAAUACCGCAUACGACUUGUGGCGCGGCCCUUAUUCCUGUGAAUCUUGGGCGAGCACUCGUGACGCCAGAAUCAUUUUCGCACAAAGAAAGCUAAGCAAAGCAGCUUUCCUGCGGUCUCCGCCAGGCAUGAAAACAGAUGAUUUUCACUGCUACCUUGUUUGAGAUUAGAUUGUAUCACUUGUUGGCGGAGCAAGAGGGGCAGCGCGGCAGUCCUCUCGGAUAAAAUGCGCUGCGCGAUUUUUUCUGGUGUCACGAGUUGUCACUGAUUUUUCACGUCAUCCUAUUUCGAGCCAAGAGGACACGGUAUGUCAGCGUUAUUUUCUUGAUUUAUAUUUCAGACGAACUAGCAUUAGCGGCUCGGAGGGUACUACGUUUUCCUUCCAGCAUAUGGUACUUCACACCACAAGCAUAAACAGACUCCGGCCGCAGAGCCGGUGAUUCAUUCUAAACCGAUUGAACCGCGGGAAAAGUUGAAACGAUGAGGUUUUUGGGCCUUCUUUCAUCUAUUUCUCUUGAAUAAAAAUAGAAUCUGCUCGUCUAGGUCUUUCAUAAGGCUUUGUAUCUGCUCGCUGCUUACUGGACUGAAUUAAUACCUUUUUCAUCCAAAAACUACCACAGAGGAUGGUGUGCACGGAUUGGGAGCAGCGUACAAUUGCGGACAACCUUGCAAGACGUUCUGAGAUAGACGCAAACGGGUUAUUAAACAAUAUCCAACACUGCCAAGACCAACCAAAGCUGGAAAGAGCCCCAUUUUUUGGCCAAGGUGCCUAUAAUUCAAAACCACUAAAAGAAACAGCAUGCGGAGAGGUCCAUCGUAUCGUAAAUGAAAAUAAAGACGUCUUUGGUAACCGCCUUACCAAAUUGUCCGUGGUUGAACGCUCGAUCAACUACCUAGAAGGAGCUGUCGGCUUCGCAGUGUAUAAUAUCAACCGAAGACCAAAGGCGACGGAGAUAGUAGCCUGGGAUUUGAUACUGAAGUUCAGAGACUGGGCUAAUGAGCGCUGCCCCUCGCUCACUCCGUAGGAACUAUAAAGGAUAUUUUACGCAACCAUGGUAGGUCGAAAACUCUUCGCUUCUUGAGGGUUCUCUGCCUCAGGGACAGCCAUCCGCACGCCCCUUUCCCGUGCA